UAUAAAUAAAAAUACUUCCCGUAGAAAAUUACGUGUAUUACUGAUAGUGGUCUAGUAUUUUUAUAAGUGGUAUGGUUAGAUUUUAGAUUUCUAACUGAUUUACAUCGGUGAAGAUGGAGAUCCCAUAUAGGAAAAUAUUCAUAUACAUAUUAACCUUCGCUGCCUAUGCAUACACGGGUAUAGGCUCGAGCAUGUUACGGAAUCUAAAAGAUGCAGUAUUGUCCGCUGAAUCAGUUUUCGGUGACUUAUUUCGCAAUACUAUCACAGUCGCUGAAAAGUUCAAGUCAUUGCAUGAAAUAUUCGAUGCAGCUGUGGAAGAGGAAUGUAUAUUUACUUGUCCUGAAGGUCAAAAAGCAGUCAGGAACAGGAAUCAUAUACCAAAGUCUGAUGGCUGUGGUUCCCUUGGUUUUGAAAUUUCAUCAGAAUAUUUGCCAUUGGAGCAGAUGACCAAUUGCUGCAACACACACGACAUCUGCUAUGACACAUGUAACAGUGGCAAAGAAGUGUGUGAUCUAGAGUUCAAGAAAUGUUUAUACAAUUACUGUGAUUCUUAUAAAUCAGUUAAUGUUGCUGGUGAAACAAUAACCAAAGGUUGUAAAGCUGCAGCCAAACUGCUCUUUACAGGCACAUUGACCCUCGGCUGCAAGUCCUAUCUGGAUGCUCAGAAAAAUGCUUGCUACUGUCCACCUCCAAAGAACAAGUAUAAAAAAUAUACAACAGGGGAUGGAGAUCUUUAGGCUAUGGUGUAGGUCAAUUAUUUAUUAUGCAAUACUUGGUUGUUUUAACUUGAGCUAGUUCCAAGGUGUCUUAUUGCCAAAAAUAUCUAUGGCAGCAGUUCUCGAAAAGUUUGUACAAAAAUUAAGGAACAAUUUUAAUUUGUUUUUAUUAUUCCUUUUUUGUUACCAUGAUUUAUUUCAUGAAUUGAGAUUUUAGUAAGUUUUAUUUGGUCAUUAAGGUUCUCUAGUAGGUAUCUAUAUUUUCUUAAUUAUAACAAAUAUAUUAUAUAUUGUUUAUAUCUUACAAAAGUUGAGUUAUAUCACUAAAUGUUGGUAACAAAAUAGGAUCAAUUAAAAUUUGCUGACAUGGCUAUGUACAAACUUUUUGAGAACUGCUGAUUUACAGUUAGCUUUGCACCAAUGACAAUGUAGUUCUAGAACUUUUUUUUUAUGGUAGUUUUCUUUUUUACUUGCUACCAUUGUUCUUAUUUAUUCUCAUACCUGUUAUUUAUUACUUAAGUCUUGAGAGGCACUAAAUAUACAGCCUGGCAGAGUAGAAAUUAGAAAAUGGCUACAUUUUAGUGUCAUAGAAUAAGAUUUUAUAAGUUUUGCCUUUUUUGCCAGAUUGUAAAAAUGUUGUAAGGCUGUGUGGCUGCCAAAAGUUGUAUAAGAUUAAGAGGUAUUUCUUAUGAGUUAAAAUAUGAUUAUUAUGUUUUUAUUUUAACAGGCAUCAAUCUUAUGAUAUUGGUCUGAUACAUAAUACUGGUUUACUUCUGGAAAUGUCUUAUUUUUUGUUAUUUGUAUUACACAUUAAGAUUUAAGUGCUUUGUUAGUAGGGGAAUAAAUUCAUGCCUGAUGAAAGUGUUUGGGAUUGAAAUAUUUUUGUACAAUUAAUAAAAAUAUUCAUACA